CGGAGCUAGAGACGCAACUCUUUCAUAACAUCUCGCUCGCCGUAGGUCGUGUGUUUAUAUAAUUGAGCGAAGUCCACAUUGUCCACUUUCCGGAAGGGGCCGCGAGUCCAAACAAUCUGUGCUGCGACCUGGGCUCAGUGUCUGUUCGACGCAGUUCGAGAUGGCCUCAGCUCUGGCCAACAGAGCAGUAGGAGCCAUCGUUGGAUCAGCUGUUGCAGAUGCAGCAGCGCAGCCGCUCCACUGGGUGUACGACCUCCAGAAGCUGCAGGCAAUUCUGGCUCAGGAUCCGAACCCUGAGUUCCGCUCUGAGUCCGCCAACCCGUUCUACAGGAGGCAGACAGGGCAGCAGAGCUGCUAUGGGGACCAGGCGUAUGUGCUGCUGGAGUCCCUGUCUGAAUGUGGAGGUCUGAAUCUUGAUGAUCUGAAGCAGCGCACACUGAAAUUCUUUGGGCCUGGAUCAGAGUAUGACACGCCCAUCAACGAUCCUUACAGAGAAAGAGGAGGGCCCAGACCACAGCUGCCCAUCGAGGGACCAUGGAGACAUGCAAGUUUAAAGGGCUUCCUGAAGAAUGUGGAUGCGGGCAAAGAGGAGACAGGAUGUGAGACUGACUGUCAGAUUGACGGAAUAACCAGACUGGCUCCCGUAGUGGCAUUUUACGCGGGACAGCCCGACAUGCUGGAAAAGGUCGAGCAGGCCGUCCGCAUCACCCAGAACAACGACGAAUGUGUGGCAGAGACUCUGGCAGCAGCGAGGCUGCUGGAGCAUUUCAUCCUGAACGGUCCUGAUCCAAAAGCUAUGGACGUGGUGCUCGAUCAGCUCGCUGACAAGAACAGAAAGCAGCCCCAGGACCUGGACAGAGCAGUCAUUGGCCACAUACAUCAAGUGAAGGAGAAUUUAUCCAGGACUACUCAGGAACUCAUCCCCACUGUGUUUCCAAACACCUGAGGUUUGCCAGGUGCAUUCCAAGCGGCUCUGCAUGGAGUCCUGACAGCCAAGCACUACGAGCAGGCUAUCAGAGAUACCAUGAGCUGUGGGGGAUGCACCUGUAGCCGAGGAUCCUUCAUCGGGGCAUGUCUUGGGGCUCAGAUGGGACUUGAGGGAAUUCCAUCUUCCUGGAUGUCCAAAACCCUGCAAUUCGACUCCGUGCUGGCACAUGCCAAAAAGAUAACCCAACACCACCACUAGUUGGCUGGCAGUGAAUGUGUCCUGCUACCUGAGGUGGCUGCAAACAUUUUGAAAAACUGUUGAGCUUUCACAGAACAGCGAAUGAAGGUGCUUGUCUAAACUGUCAAGACGGCAGGAGCCAGAUGUUUUUGUCUCUGUUUUAAGUAAAACAUAUUCAGAUGUUGCUAUGCGAGUUUUAGCUUCAAUAAAGCAUUUCCAAAAAUA